CGCGCCUGCUUCAUCGCCGAAGAUAGCCCUAUCCUCAAAGGAAUUGUUACGGGUGAAAACAGUGCGACGAAUUUAUUAUUUCGACGAUUUCGAUCAGAAAUACCAUUUAUUUGAGGUGGUAAGGUUUCAAUGGCGGACUUAGAGAAAUUGCUCCUUGAGGCAGCAGGAAGAACAAAUACUCCUGGGAGGAACCGACAUUCGUCUCCACCAUCAAGGCGGAGGCGGAAAGGCUCAUAUUCUGAUGACGGAAGUGACUCAAAAAAUGAUGAUUCUGAUGGUGAUCAUGCUUAUUCGAGUAGAAAGCCAUCGGGUUCACAGGUGCCUCUAAAGAAGAGGUUGGAAGCUGUUGAUAGGGAUGAUGACCGUAGUAGUCAAGGUGAUGAGGAAGAUGAUUAUGAUCGUGAUCGCGACAGUGACAAUGAUUCAGUUGGGAGUGAUUUAUACAAGGAUGAAGAUGAUAGGGAAAAACUAUCAAAGCUUACAGAGCUUGAACGGGAAAUGAUACUAGAAGCCCGUGCAACCAAGAGAAGCGAUCGAGAUUUGACUGAGAAGCUGAAAAAAAGGAAAGGCCAAGACAGAAAAGGAAGCCCCCCUAAAGCGCCUACACGCAGCAUGCGCUCAAAGGCUGAAAGGGCAGGUGCAUUGGAUGAAUUGGUCAAACGAAGAAGAGAAUCAGUUAAAGGAUCUGGCAGCCGUUACUCACCUGUGAAGAGAAGAUCUUUAGCUGCUGCGACCUUGAGUAGCCCUAGCAGGAGUGAGAGUGGAUCUCGCUCUGAUGAGGGAGAUUCAACAGGUGAUGGUGGAUUGGAUGAUAGUGACGAUGACAAGAUUUCAUCGGAGUCAAAGGUGCCAACAUUUGAAGACAUCAGGGGAAUCACAAUUCGCAGGUCAAAACUAGAAAAGUGGUUCAUGGAGCCCUUCUUUGAUGAACUGAUUGUUGGAUGUUUCGUGCGUGUUGGAAUUGGAAAGUCAAGGACUGGUCCUAUCUACAGGCUUUGUGUUGUUCGGAAUGUUGAUGCUACAGACCCUGAUAAACAGUAUAAGUUUGACAAUAAGACAACACACAAGUACUUGAAUUUGGUUUGGGGUAACGAGAGCUCUGCUGCUAGGUGGCAGAUGGCAAUGGUUUCCGAUUCUCCUCCUCAAAAAGAGGAGUUUGAGCAGUGGGUUAGGGAGGUUGAGCGCAGUGGUGGUCACAUGCCUACAAAACAGGACGUUUUGGAUAAGAAGGACGCUAUCCAGAAAACAAAUUCAUUCAUUUACUCUGCAGCCACUGUAAAGCAGAUGUUGCAGGAGAAAAAAUCAGCCACUUGGAGGCCACUAAAUGUUGCAGCGGAGAAAGAUCGACUCAGGAGAUCUUUGGAAGUAGCCAAGGAGAACGAUGAUGAGAUAGAGGUGGAUAGGAUAAAGGCGAGGCUAAAAGAAUUGGAGGCAAGUCGCCAGGUCCAAGUGAAAGAUUCAAAGGCAAUUAAGCUGGCAGAAAUGAACAGGAAGAACAGGGUGGAGAAUUUCAAAAAUGCAUCUGGGCUGAAGUCAAUUAGCAGUGGCUUGAGAGCUGGAGAGGCUGGAUAUGAUCCCUUUUCCAGAAGAUGGACUAGAUCAAGGAAUUAUUAUGUGGCAAACAGCAAUGGAGGGGAAGCUGCUGGUGUGCCAAAUGAUGAUGUGGUUGCUAAUAUGCGUAGUGAUAAUGGAGUGGGAGUAGGUGGUCCAGCAAUUGCUGAGAUGGGAAUGGAAGCUACUGCUGCGGCCCUCGAAGCAGCAGCUGAUGCUGGCAAGUUAGUUGAUACAAGUGCUCCAGUUGAUCAAGGGACUGAAUCGUACGUGCUACAUAACUUUGAAUUGCCCAUAUCUCUAAGCGUGCUUCAGAAAUUUGGUGGCCAUCAGGGAGCCCAAGCUGGAUAUAUGGCUAGAAAACAGAUGAUCGAAGCUACUCUGGGGGUUAGUGUGCCUGAUAAUGAUGGGAGGAGACACGCACUCACCUUGACGGUCAGCGACUAUAAGAGACGGAGGGGUCUGCUCUGAAUCUGCGGUUUAGCUCCUUGUUGUCUGUUUUGCCCCUCUCUCUCGGGUCGUACUCGCUCUUGAACUGGUUAUUUCAUCAUACUGUUGGGUAGAAAUGAAACCUAUAAACUUUGUUUUCCUAAUUUAAGACGCUCAGAAGCUGUUUUCGGUACCCUUCCUUGCCCUGCGCUAGCUUAGGUAAAUUGUUGUUCUCUUGUUACUUGUUCCCUACUAUUCAUUUUAGGGUAGGCUAUUGAUAAUUUGAUAUGUGCUCAGCGGCUUUCUGUUCGGACAUUUUAAGCCAAAUUUUGACCAUGAUAUAAGUUAUCAGGUUAGACUGCAUUAUUAUGAGACUGUUUCUUAGAUGAAAAGCAGAUUGUUAGCGCCACAAAUUUACAUAGAUUGUAAGGAGACAUGGUUGCUCAAUAUACCUUCAUUCCUUUUA